AUGGUACCAAAAGAUACUCCAUUCGAUGAAAAUACAGUAUUUCUUCCUCGUCAAAUGAGCGAAUCAUUGAAAACAGUUGAAUCGCCUAAUUUCGAUAAUUUGGACAGUGAACAACGUAAAUUUUCGCUCACAAAUUUAUUUGUCAGAAACACUUCUGUUGAGGAAGCACUAAGAAGAGAUUCGAAAAUUUUAAUUAAUGGAGAUGGAUUUGAGAAAUCGGAUUAUAUGAAAGUUGCAUAA